AUGUGUUCGAGCUGCGGAGGUUCGAGGAGCACGUUGCUGCUGCUGCUCGAGGUGACGUGCGUGCUCCGCAUCAUUCCGCUCGUCUGCUUGAUUAUGAUACGUGUGAUAUCGGUGCUCGUGCUCUGCACUCCCAUGAUGGUGCUUCGCCUGGUUCAGGCGGGGCUCACCGCGGUGCAAGGGCGAACCUGUUCAGUGUUCGUGCGGACCCUCCUGGGCGUGAUGACGGUCCCCCAGUUCCGUGUGCUUAUGGUGGCUCUCCCCGCGCCGGGGGCGAUGGUGGCGGUCGUCUCGCUCGGGCUCCUCAUUCUCCUCAUUGCAAGGAUCGUGCAACUGACUGUUGCGCCCUACCUGCUGAAAUGCAUCCUACAGAUGCUGAAGGUGAUCCUCUAG